AUGGAAAACCAUCCUCCUUCACCGCAGGCAUGCAGCUCUGCCACAAAUUCCACUGAAAGUUCCUUCAGUUUCACGCCUAUCAAAGCCCUGAGCGCCUUGCCGCGACUGUGGGAUCGUAAACCUUCUACGCCUGUCAGGGCCGGAGACAAAACACGAAAGCUGUGGAAGCGCAUUCGCUUUCCGUUUACGAGCAUGGUUACCACGACAGAAGUCCAGACUACGGGGGUCGGCGCCUCUAAAAACUCAGAUUAUCAGCGUGGCGUGAAGCGUCUGUGUGUUGAUUCCACCGGCGUGGACCAAGACACUGAGGCUGAGCGACGCGGUCGGUCUUUCCUUGAGACUAAAUGGGAGAUGCAGGCAUCUCGUAAACGACGCAAAAUGCCCGAAUUCGAUUUCAACAUCCACGACGAGGGCUCCCAGGAGGUGUUUAGUUUCACUGCGAACCAGCCCAAGGAGACGCCCAAUGAUGCUGUCGGCGACGUAGCUACGAAUGCGGCACCCCAGUCGCUCAGCGAUCUGUGGAAUACUUCCAAGACGCCGGUCUAUAACGAUGCCGUGGCGACCGACCUAAAUCUUACUGCAUCUGACGCGAAGACAGCGCAGUAUGUGCAGUCUAGAUCAUGCAGCCAAGACGCGCCGAUUGUGAUCGACAAUACAGGAGUCGACAACACCAACUUCGUGUCCACCACGGAAUCCGUGCAAGCACUGACGCAAGAGCAGGAGGUCAAAUUGGUACGAUCGGCACUGCGAAGAUCCUUGGAUGGAGAGAAUGCAGAGCUGCUCAACGACUUUCUGUCCAGGGCGAAUGCGAAACGGGCCGCCAAGGCCACACAUCCCGGAGAUGCGAAAUCAACGGAGAUGGGUUCUAGCCCAGAGGAGUCUCCAGAAGUUAAAUGCUCAACACCGCCACCACGCCGCGUGUUGGAGGAAUUGACAACCAACUCACCUUCACCCGUCAAGUUGCAGUUCUCGCCUAGUAAAUAUGACGUCAAGCGUGGUGCCGAUGGUGCGGGUGAGCGGGGGGAUAUUAUCACCAAGGAGGAUAUCAUUCCGAAAGAGAUCAUGGGAGAACAAGCUCCUGCAAGCCCUGCAUGUCGUCGCAGCACCCGUACCAAAGGCGCGAAUGCCCCGAGCAUGCGCAACACGAUCUCAUUCCGCCGAGCCAAAGGCACGGAAUUCGUUUUUCAACAGCGAACUGAGAGCCAGCAGAUGGCAAUGGCCACAAAGCGCAACACCCGGCUCAACAAAGGCAAAGCUGUAACUCCUAUAGUCAUUUUGCAAGCGUUGGCUCAACAGCCGAGCGAGGAAGAGCUGUUGCCAUGCAAUUUACAAAAUGAGGGCUCGAGCCACCAGGACACUAACACCGGUGCACUGGCUAAAUCGCGAAAGCAGGUGUCGUGGAAUGAAGAGCGCAUGGCCGAGUAUGAAGAAUACAGAGAGCCAAUGGACGACCAGGAGGAUGAAGAGGAGGGCGAUCGGUGCACGAAUGACGUGGGCGCAACGCCUCGCCCGCAAGCAGAAAGCAAGCGCUCAGCGAAGAAAGCAGAGUCCGGUCAUCGCAGCAGCCGUAGCCAAACGCAAAAGGCCGACGCGAAUGCAGACAGUGGGGCCACCGCGAGCGGUUCAACCCCGACUACUGCAGCUGCUACUGUAACCCCGCGCUCUCGCCGGGUGAGGCGUUUGGGUGAUUCGGGAAUUUUGGGGUCUGGACCCCCAGUUAAGACUGCAAGUCGCAGCACAAGCAAGCCUCCUGCAGCCUCGUCUAUUGUGGCUGCUGCUGCCCCCUCCACACCUACCAAGGGCCGCCGCAAGCUUACUCCCAAGUCCCCCAUUCCCUCAAAGCUUCCCGCACGAGCCUCCAAGAGUGCCAACACCGCGGACCAGCCUUUCGUCAGUGGGAUCCCCACUCGCAGCUCACAAAGCACAGAUGAUGCACAGCGACAGAGUAUGCUUCAGAUGAGUGCCGGGUGUACGCCCACGGCUCGGCGCGUUCGGUCGAGAUAUUAUUGA